AUGAAGGAACUAGUGCGUGAAUCGAUGGCCAGGCUAGUAUCCCAAACCAGCGAGCCAUCUGAUGAGCCAGAUCAGCCAGUGGAAGAAGAGCAAGCCACCCCGGGGAUCAAACCCAAACUUUCAUCCUCCGAUCACUCCAACUGCAUCCAAGCAAACCUAACUGGAGAUCAGCUUACUGGAACAGCCCAGAAUCCAACAGCCCAGAAUCUAACGGCCGAAUUCGCAAGGAUCCACAAACCGCAUAAGCCAUCUGCCAAUGUCACCCCAAGCUCAACCAAGGGGCGUCAGUAUACCGUCAGCAUCGCCCUGCCCGGCAGCAUCGUGAAUAAUGCCCAGACCUGGGAAUUGAAAACUGCCUUGGUUGGUCAGAUUGCCCGAGCCUGUGCAAUCUUCAGUGUCAAUGAGAUCAUCAUCUUUGAUGAGUCUGUCGGAGAAGCCGAUCCAUCUGCCAAGCCCCAUCAGCCAUCCUCAACGUACGGCCGAGCCAAAUACCGGACCCCGGCCGAGGACCUAGAGCUUGCCGGCCCAGAGGACGGCCCAUUUCAACCCAGCCAUUUCGUAGCCCGGAUAUUGGAGUACCUGGAGUGUCCACAGUACCUCCGCAAAUCACUCUUCCCGAUCCAUCCUGACCUACGCCUAGCUGGCCUCCUCCCACCGCUAGACUUACCUCAUCAUUUUCGAAAAGACCAUGAGACCCCUUGGCGGGAAGGUUGUAUCCUACCCGCAGAUAAAGUCGAGAACUAUGUCGCUGGUGGUCACUAUCAAAAAAAGAAGAAUCGGAAAGGGGAUGACAGGAAAACCUCAUGGGCAGAUGUUGGGCUGGCCGAGCCAGUCCAAGUCCAACUUGAUGAGGGUGUCUCAUUGCCCGAUUGGACAAGAGUUACCGUUCAGAUGCCCCAAGGAGAGGGUAAACUAGCCCGACUCGUCUCGCCUCGUCUUCCAACUCAAACAACAGGAAUUUACUGGGGGUAUUCGAUCAGGCUUGCUAGUAGCAUCUCCAAGGUGUUUACUGAGACCCCCUACGCCAGCGAAGGUGGAUACGAUCUUACAAUCGGUACGAGCGAGCGUGGUGAAAAUGUGGAUGAUGUUGUUGAUGGAAUAGGAGAUUUCAAACAUAUGUUACUCGUCCUCGGUGGCCUCUCUGGACUCGAGCUGACCAUCGCCUCAGACGACACUCUUGAGCCGCGUCUGACUGCUGCAGACGCUCCUUUGCUUUUCGACCAUUGGCUCAACACCUUACCCUUCCAAGGCAGUCGCACCGUACGCACAGAAGAGGCUUUGUUGGUUAGCUUAGGGGCUCUGAGGCGGUUGUUAUUCAGGAGCUAG